AUGGACGACAUCUGUCACUCAGAAGAAACCCCAGAUAAGGUGCAACAACUGGUAAAAGACCUGGACAAAGUGCUACAGAACGGUGGAUUUCAUGUAAAGAAAUGGACGACGAGCGGAAGUGCAAAAGACGACGACGCCGCCGAGCUAGACCUGUUAAAGACAGAACACGAAGAGAAAGUCCUUGGAAUCGCGUGGGACAGUAAGACUGAUGUGUUGCGGUUUAAAGUACAGAAGCAAUCUCACAGCACUUCAGACGGAAAAGAGAAGGGUCCAUGGACCAAGAGAAAGAUCCUUAGCCGCGUAGCACGCCUAUAUGAUCCAAUAGGAUACACAGCAGCCGUCGUCAUCAAAGCCAAGAUCGGAAUUCAGAAGUUAUGGCAGCUAGGCUAUGAGUGGGAUCAACCUAUAAAGCCCCCGCUUGCACAGGAAGCGUUCUUCACAGAUCUAGACGAGCUUAAUAAGAUAGAGCUCCCGAGAUGUCUCACUCCACCAAAUGCAGUUGGCCUGCCAACACUCUGCAUAUUCUCGGAUGCAUCGAGAGAAGCCUUUGGAGCAGUUGCAUAUUUGAGAUGGCAGGCAAGCGUUGGGUCGUAUGAAGUGAGAUUUGUAGCAGCCAAAUCAAGAGUCAAGGAGUUAGCAAUUCCAAGGCUAGAGCUCCAAGCAGCAGUACUGGCAGCAAGAUUGCACCAGACCCUACAAGAGGAACUUCGCAUAGAAUGUGAAAAGGCUAUCCUGUUUACUGACAGUAUGAUUGUUUACUCAUGGGUAAGAGGGUCUCCGAGGAGUUUCAAGCCCUUUGUAUCUGCGAGAAUAAGUGAAAUCCAAGACAAGACCGACCCAAACCAGUGGCGCCACAUCCCCGGAAGUGCAAAUGUUGCUGAUGACGUCUUUCGAGGCCUAUCGGUUCAAGAACUCAAGGGAAGGUGGACCCAAUGCCCAGCCUUUCUACAGAGCAAUGAAGAUGAAUGGCCACAGGAAGCCAAGUAUCAGGAACCAGAUAACGAGUCCGACCAAUCGGAGAGACGAAAGGAGAAAGUAUGCGCAGUGACAGGAAGAGCAGAAGAGGCGAUCGAUGUCAGCAAGUUCUCGGAAUGGAGAAGACUCGUCCGUGUAACAGCUAGAAUUCAAAGGCUGGCAGAGAAAAUCAGGUUGCAAAAGUAUGAACAAGAAGGAAGGCAAGGCCCCUUGGCGCCAGAAGAACUGAAAAAGGCGGAAGAACACUGGAUAAAGAAGAUGCAAGAUACACUUCACGGUCGUCACGAGAAAGGCGAAUUUGCGCCGUUAUCCCCGUUUGUCGACGACAAAGGCAUUAUCCGUGUCGGCGGACGUGUGGAUGCAGCAUUAGUAUCAUAUGACACCAGGCACCCUAUCCUGUUGCCAAGCGACCACCGAGGAGCCCUACUGAUAACGCGUCACGUCCACAAACAUGGACACCUCGGAGUCGCCGCCACCACAGCAAAAAUCAGAGCCAAGUACCGGAUCGUCAAGGGCAACAAGCUGAGUAAGAUUGUGGAAAAGGAAUGUGUGUUCUGUAAACGACUAGCUCACCAGACAGAGACACAGAUAAUGUCAGCCCUACCUCAGCUCCGGCUAGCACCCUACACCCCACCGUUUUUCCACACAUCGUGCGACUAUUUUGGUCCUAUCAAUGUCCGCAUCGGCCGAAACAAGUCCGACAAGUAUUAUGGAGUAAUCUUUACGUGUCUGAAUACAAGAGCUGUGCAUUUGGAGAUGGCCGUUGACCUCUCCACCAUGGAUUUUCUACAGGUCCUCCGCCGAUUCUUUUCGAUCAGAGGAUACCCAGCCACAGUGUUAAGUGAUAAUAGCAGCCAAAUGGUCGGCGCAGAAAGAGAGCUGCGAGAACUAAUCAAGGGUCUAAACGACGAUCAGCUGCGCCAAUUCAACGCGGAAAAGGGCAUAAGGUGGAUCUUCAUCACCCCAGGCGCACCUCACUAG